AUGCGCGAUGAGGUAAGUGGACAGUUUGCGGUAGUUCGUCGUGUAAUUGACCGUACAACUGGCGAGCAGUAUGCCGCGAAAUUUAUCAAAAAGCGACGAUAUGCAACAUCACGUCGCGGCGUAACGCGCAGUAACAUCGAGCGUGAAGUAGAUGUCCUGCGAGCUGUUGGUGGUCACGAACAUACCAUCAAGCUGUUCGAGGUUUUCGAAACACCAUCCGAUGUUAUACUGGUCCUAGAACUGGUUUCGGGCGGUGAAUUAUUCGACCAUGUGUCAGCCAAAGAGUGCCUUGAUGAAGCCGAAGCAUCUGCUUUUAUCCAACAAAUCUUGCUCGGCGUCAAACACCUGCAUGAUAAUCAUGUCGUACAUCUGGAUAUCAAGCCUUUAUCACCAGCUACUGAUAUGUGGGCUUUGGGCGUUGUCACCUACAUACUAUUGAGCGGUGGCUCGCCGUUUCUUGGCGAAACUCGCGAAGAAACAUUUGUAAAUAUAUCUGCUGUAAAUUAUCACUUCAGUGAACGUUAUUUCGAACAUGUCUCACCAUAUGCGAAAGAUUUUAUCGGUCGUCUGUUUGUGCGAGAUCAACGAAAACGAGCCACUGUUGAUGAAUGUCUGAGGCAUCCCUGGACUCGAGGUUUAUUUCACAGGAAGAUUUUAAACAGUUUGUUUCCUUACAACUAG